AAAACCAAAGGAGAAGGUGAACUGUUUGUGGGAAAACGUGCACACAAAAGAAAAGGCAAUGGAAGAACUUGGGCCUCAUGGGCACAGAUCUUACUUACUUUAUGGCGCCACUAUGUUCGUCAUUUUAACCCUUGGCCUCAUUGGGAACUUCCUCACCCUUAUUGUUCUUUUCCACCCGCAACAUCGGACCAAGAGCAUGACUCCGCUUAUGGUAAACCUAUGUGUUGCAGACCUACUGGUGUGUUUGUUUGGGUACACUGUGGCAGUGAACUACAACACGGCAGAUUUUGCAAACACUGGCAGUGCCCCUGCCCUUUGCUACUGGCUUGCCUUUAUCAACGCCGCCACAGGCCUGGCCUCCAUCGGUACCUUGGCUGUCAUGGCAAUCAUAACAUACUUGGGUAUCUCUAGAAAUGAGAUCGCUCAGCAGAACAGGAUGACAGGAAAGGCAGAGAUGCUGUUGCUUACUGGAAUCUGGUUGUACGCGAUUGUGUUGACGAUUCCUCCGGCUAUGGGCUGGAACAAAUUUAUUCCUAUUCCUUCACGAGUAAGCUGCCAUCCUGAUUGGUAUUCCCAGGACCUCAGCUCCAGGUCUUACAUCAUAUAUCUGGUAACGUUUGGCUUCUUUAUCCCUUUGGUGAUCAUACUUGGGAGCUACGGAGGGAUAUACAGGUGCAUUCGAAACAGCUCUGUGCCCGGGGCAAAUGAAGAUGCUAGGGUGCGGCAAAUACGGUCUAGAAAUAAAACCGUCCGCCUGGUGAUUUCCAUGACUUUGGCAUAUUUUGUAAGCUGGUCUCCGUACUGCAUUGUCAGCCUGAUCGGUACCGCAAUCGGCCACGAAAGUGUCUCCCCUUCUGUGUCUCUGGUUCCUGAAAUAAUGGCAAAGGCUUCUGUGGUCUACAACCCGAUCCUGUACGUGCUGCUUAACGCAAAGUUCCGAGUCACUCUGAUACAGUUCUUUAGCUGGAGUCGUGUCGGUAAUGUCAUUUCUGAGGGCUCCAAUGCUGAUGAAAACACCACAGGGGUAAUGGAAAUACAAACAAACUCGCUACGCCAUCGAGACAUAUAAAGUAUGAUACUACAUCUGAGUAAAUCAGACCAAUACAAUCACGGGUCAGACUGAUUUUCUUCGUGAGCUCGUAGAUUUCACUUUAAAACAUUAAUUUUUUCCACUACACGGUAGGUAGUACAGUUGAGGUUCAGUAGUAUAAACAUUUAUCGUCUAUUACUAUUUUCUGCCGCGCGUCUGACACUUAGAUGGUCGACGUGAACGCACGAAGAAAAAUGGUAAUAUGGGAGUACGAAAAAGAGUAAUUAGUCAAUUUGGUAGCAAGUUUAGCGCCUCUGAGUUUUAAAUACGCUUUACGCUCAUAAUACGCUCAAAUAGGAUCGAUCUAAAUAUGCGAAGCAAAACAAUUUAUUUUGCAUUAUUUUGGAAAACCGAGAUGGUUCUAACUGCUUUUAGACUAAGACAGAUUCAUGGGUAAAGUUUGAAAGAAACAGAUUUUUUUGG